AACAGAUCCACUUCCGCAUGUGGUCACAUGUGGCGCCUGUUCAGUUUCGCUUCCGCGUUUGCACAGAAACGAUUAAUUCUUGUAAUUCAUGCAAUCUUUUUAACACCAUUAUACUCAGGAUUUUGUUUUUUCAACGUCUUUAAGUCGAUACCAGCAGAUCUUUUGACGUGAUGUUGUUUAGUGUUGUUUAAAGGCAUUGGUGCCACAGUUUGAGAAGAAGAAGCUGACAUCCCAAAGCUCGGUAGACACAGCUAAAAAACUAGUGAAGAUACUGACUUGUAUAUAUUUGCAGUUAACAGUUAUACUGUUUCAGCGCAUUAAAGGUGUCAACUCUGAAAGUCAUGUUGCUGACAAUGAGAAUAAUCACUCCUCUGUUCUUACUACUUGGUGGAGUACGAGGGAAAGACAAUGUUGAAAACUGCAAGCUGAUUUUGGGCAGCGAUUCAGAGAAAAAAGUGCUCCGUUUACUGGAGCCUCUUACUGAACAAAACUUUACCCUUCGUGUUGAAGAUGGGAAAGAGGUGAAGGAAAAGUAUACCUACAUUUUCCGGGUGUGUGGCGAUGUGGCUGGAAUGCCAUAUGCAGGACUUGUGCAGUUGAAAGAUGAUGGGACAAAAGUUCGAAUUGGGAACUACGAUCAAACACGAGUUAUUGGAGGAAGUGACUGGGUUCUGCUCAUCUAUGAGGGAGGAGAAAAAUAUGAUACCCACUGUUCUCAAGGGGCCAGAAAAGCCAUGAUUAUGAUUUCCUGCAGUAAAAGUACAAAGGGUGAUUUCUCAGAGGUCCUGGAAGUCAGGGAUAUGCCACAGGACUGUUAUUACUUGUUUGAACUGGACACCAGUGCAGUCUGUCCUGUAAUUCCAUCCAAACUUAGUGCUGGAUCCAUAUUCCUCAUUGUUGUAUUCUGCUGCUUGGCUGCAUACAUUACCGGUGGAUUCGUCUAUCAGCGGCUGGUAGUUGGUGCCAAAGGAGUGGAACAGUUUCCUAACUAUGCCUUUUGGUCCGAGAUCGGCAACUUAUCUGCUGACGGAUGUGAUUUUGUGUGUCGUUCCCGUGGUAACCGAGAAGAGCCACCCACAUAUAGAGGUGUGGCUACUGAACCUCUUGAGGAUGAGCGAGAUGAAAGGGAUGAUCAUUUACUUCCCAUGUGACCAGAUUGUUAUGAUCAAUGAAAAAGGCUGGACAGUAAAUAAGUUGUGGAACCCAAAGAUGGAUGUUCAAUUGUGCUGCUGUUUGUUUUUCUUUUACUUGUUUGUUUUUCUUUUAAACAGCACAUGGUGUUAUUUAGAUGUGUAUGUUUGGGACAGUCCAAAGACUAAAAAUGUUUGAUAAUUUGAUGUUUAUAACAGAAUAUUAUCCCUAUGAAACACUGGCCUACUUUUCACCACACGCAUGUAAUUUGGUUUAAAGUAGGAAUAUUUUUUAGUGUAAUUUGAGCAGUAAAAUCCAGUUUUGCGGUAUGAACCAUUGGUUGAAAUGUUUGAAUUAGUUGAUUUCUUAGUAUUCAGAUAACUAAAGUAUUCUGAAAUUAUACUUUAAUAACUGAAAUUAUUGAACGUCUUAUAUUCACAACCACAUUUUCAAAAUGCCUAUUUCUUAUUUUUGGUUAAUAUUGAGUUAGUAUGGCAGAUUUUUAAAAUGACCAAACAAUACAAAACAUAUUUUCAGCUUGUUACAACCUAAAACUGAUAUUUUUAGAUAUUACUGUUAAUAUACAUAUCAGUAAAAUAAGACAUUACAGAGGUUGAAAACGUGACUAGAGAGAAUUUUGUACACUUAAAAAUAAAAGUGCUCUAUGACGCAAGAGAAGAACCAUUUUGUGCUUAAUGGUUCCAUAAAGAACCUUUAACAUCUAAAGAACCUUUAUGUUUCACAAAAGCUUUUUCAGAUUAUAAAAAGGUAAGAAAGAAAUGGAUCUUUGAAAAACCUUUGUCUGGAUGUGUUUUUUUUUUUUUGAGGAACCAAAAGUGGUUCUUCUAUGGCAUCGCUGUGAGGAACCUUUUAAGCACUUUUAUUUUUAAGUCUAUGGCACAUACUGUUACUUGAUUUACAACAGUCAACAUUUUGCAGUAAAGUGAAAGGUUUGAUCGCUUUUUUGUUUAACUUUGGCUACUUGAUAUUGUUAAUGUGAAAUUUUUUGCCUGGGAUAUUUCAUACACAGUGGGACACUUCAUUCCGACUGAAAUAAUAGUAGUAUAUUUUUUCUGUUAAAGCUUUAGUUUAAGUGUUGUGUUUGCUUGCACUAAAGCUUUCAGCUUUAUUUUAUAGUGGAGAUAUUUAGUGGAUAUACUAAAACAGCUCUGAUAUUGAGGUAUACUGUAGAUCAUAGCCUUUAAAUCAAAAGGAACAGAACAUGACACGGUUAUGAACUAUACACGAUACUGUAUUUUUGUGUGUUACUAAAGUUUAGGUCGAAAAGGCUCUAUUUACAAGCACUUCUUAGAGUAGAAAUGCUGGUUAAGAAUCAGUUACGAUAAAUAUAAGAUAUCAUGAACUACUUCAUUAAAUGAGAUACAGGUCUAUGCAAAGAGGCGGCUUUCCUAUUUUUACUAUUGCUUGUUCUUUCAGAUUUUAGUGUUAAAAAGAUCUUUUUUGUUUAUCUUUCUUCUGACAUUUAAAUAAAGUGUUUGAUUACUGA